GGAGGAGGAGGGGGAGAGAUGGCGGCCUGGGCGCGGGCGGUGCGGGGGCUGCUGCUGGAUGUCAGCGGGGUCCUCUACGACAGCGGCGGCGACGGCGGGGUGCCCAUCGCCGGUUCGGUGGAGGCGGGGCGCAGGAUCAAAGCAUCUGGUCUGAAGCUGCGGUUCUGCACGAACGAAACCCAAGCCACCCGGGAGAAGUUUGUGAAGAAGCUCCAGGGCAUGGGCUUUGACAUCUCCGUGGCCGAAGUGACCGCCCCAGCCCCAGCAGCCUGCCGCAUCCUGAAGGAGCGUGGCCUGAGGCCACACUUGCUCGUGCACGACGAUCUUGUCCCUGAAUUUGCUGAGAUUGAUAAAGCAAACCCGAACUGCGUGGUUAUCGGAGAUGCAGCAGAAAACUUCACCUAUGCAAACCUUAAUGAAGCUUUCCGAGUCCUGAUUGGGAUGGAGAAGCCUGUUUUGAUCUCCCUGGGCAGAGGACGCUACUAUAAAGAAACCGAUGGUCUGAAACUUGAUGUUGGAGCAUAUAUGAAGGCAUUAGAGUACGCUUGUGAUGUCCAAGCUGAAGUAGUGGGAAAGCCAUCAAAAGCGUUUUUUGAGUCAGCCUUAGCAGAAAUGGGAGUCCCACCACAAGAGGCCAUCAUGAUCGGGGACGAUAUUGUGAACGACGUCGGCGGCGCCCAGCGCUGCGGGAUGAGAGCUCUGCAGGUGCGGACGGGGAAGUACAGGCCUUGCGAUGAAAACCACCCCCACGUGAAGCCUGAUGCCUACGUGAACAACCUCGCCGAAGCGGUUGACAUCAUCCUCCAGCAGCUGUAAGAAUGAUGGAGCCGUGGGCUACGGGGAGGAAGGAGGAAGAGGAGGCCUCCCGUGCAGCCCCUCCAUCCUCACCCACCUCCAUCUGACACUAAGGGACCCAGACCCAGCCUUGCCUGGGGUGGUGAGCAUCCACAAGCCUAAAUAUUUCACUUAACGGUACUAAAACGAUCUACUGACCUCGUCAAAGGGAAGAGCGAACCUUCUGUCCUCCAGCACGUCUUGAACGUCGUCCCCUCGGUGCCGUGGCCCUGCCAGCACAGCUGAAACCAGCUCUCCCAGGAUGGCCAUGUUCUUCCCUGGACUGUCUGCCCGAGGAGGGUGCUGAGGGGCCUCUGCCUCCCCCCAGGUGAUGCUGGGGGGUGUCUGUACCCCCUUUAACUCUUUGCUCACCCCAGGGACCCAGCCCUGGGUGGGAAACGGGGCACCCGGCACCCCUUCAUGGACUGGCUUUGCUCUUUAACUCGCCCUUUCUGUGCCUUUUGGGGUGGCUGAGAUGGGGUGGGAGAUGUCCUUGAGGGGUGAUGGAGGCCACCAAGCCCCGGGAGCCUGCUCUGCAGGGUCCCCUGUGUGCCUGUGGCCAUGGGUGGCAGGAAAACCCUGGGGAGGGGGAGAAACCCCUGUGCCCUUGGCAAACUGCUAAUCCAGUAAUUCCGUGGCACAUUAGGGAAUAACCAUGGCAUCAUGUUGGGAAUAAACCCCAUCUGGUAGAUCCA